AGUUUCAUCAAGUCAAGUUUUCUAGAGUUGAGACAACUUUCAACUCAGCAAACAACAUCAUCAAAUUUUUUUCAUGAAUUUCUUUUUUUUUGUUCAUUUUUUUCAUUUACGCAUUAUAUGUUUAAUUAUAUAAUUUUAAUUUACCUAUUUUUCUGUUCCUCAUAUUUUGUAAAACUAUGCACAUUUUAAUACCGUGGAUAUUUUUGCUACACCUUUCUACCUGGACUAUUCGCCAUGUCAACAGUGAUUCCACAACCACAAAUCAAUCGCCGCCAUUACUUUCAACAUCAUCACUACUUUUAACUACUUCAAAUAGUAGCAUAAUAGAACCAAGUAUUCCGUGUGAUGAUCACCUAUGGUACUGUUCAAAGGAUAAAUCAUGCUUGAAUCAAGACUUACUUUGUGAUGGCAAACCUGAUUGUUCGGACGAAUCUGAUGAGAAAUCAUGUUCGUCUAAGCUUUGUUCGUCGCUGUUUUGUCAAUUUGGAUGCAAUGCCUCUAUGGAAGGUGGCGUUUGUCAUUGUCCAACCGGGAUGACACUUGAUCCAAAGGAUAAUGAAAGUUGUACUGAUCUUGAUGAAUGCAAAGAAUGGAGCUAUUGUGAUCAAUUUUGCAGUAACACAGUAGGUAGCUAUAAUUGCUCUUGUUCUCCAGGAUAUACUCUUGUAGGAUCUCGUCAUUGUAAAGCCAAUAACUCAACAGAGAUGAGAAUUCUGUUCGCUCAUGCUACAUCCAUUUAUUCUACUGAUUCAAUGGGAUCCAAGCUAGAAAUUAUUGUUAAUACAUCUUCAGCAAGUGGUUUGGAUUAUCAUUUUGACAAGAAACUUUUAUUCUGGUCGGACACCCAAGACAAAACAAUUUACUCAAUAAAUUUAGAUAACCAACGCAUAGGAAUCAAUGCAUCAUCCUCAUCAUCUCUGUCAUCAUCAUCGUCAACAUCAUCAUUAUCUCCAUCAUCUUCAUCACUUCUAUCAUCCAUUCCAUCUAUAACUCCAUUGGUGAACAUAUCUGUUUUUUACCAAUGGAAUCCAGUGUCACUUGCUGUGGACUGGAUAACCAAUAAAAUUUAUGUCUGUGAUAUUUACAAUCAAAAAAUUGAUAUUUUCGAUUUGGAAGGUAAAACUAGUGCAAUUGUUUUAAGUCAAAAUAUUACCGCUCCAUUAGAUAUUGCCCUUGAUCCAACUCAAGGCUACAUGUUCUUCACUGAUUCGAACAACAUUGAUCGUGCCUUUAUGGACGGUUCCCGCCGUAAAACUAUUGUAUCUGUGCACAUUUACAAAGCUUCUGGAUUAACAUUGGACUAUGUCAAUCGUCGUCUCGUUUGGUGUGAUUCUCAAUUGGAUCAGAUUGUGAUUGUUGAUUAUGAAGGUAACAAUCGUCAUACUGUUAUUGCUGGUGUGGGGAAAGUUCCAGCACCAGUACGGGUUACAUUAUUCGAAGAUUUAAUCUACUGGACUGAUUCAACACGUCAAGGUAUUCUUAAAGUUAAUAUCUUCAAUUCAACCAGUCAACCUGUUGAAACAAUUUACAGAGAAAAAGGUAUUAAUGUUGAACCCAAAGGAAUUGUUAGUUAUCAUCAUUUGAGACAACCAAAAGUGGAUAAUCCAUGUGGCACCCGAAAUGGUGGUUGUCAACAUAUGUGUGUUCUUACAAGGAUUGAAGGAGAUCAACAAGACGAUUUUACUCUUGGUUAUAGGUGUGCCUGUGAAACCGGUUAUGAGUUGGCACCUAACCAGAAAUCAUGCACACCGGUUAAAGAGUUUCUUCUUUACUCUCAACAAAAAUUUGUUCACGGAAUAUUGAUUAAAGAUGGUUCCAACUCACCAGCACCUAAUGCCUUUUCCGAUGCUAUCGUACCAAUUGUGAGUCGAUCUGCUCGUUUCGUUGGUCUUGAUUACUCUUACCAAUCUCAGUAUAUAUUUUAUUCUGAUGUUAUUCUUGAUGUUAUUUAUAAAAUAAAAGUUGAUGGAACUGGUAAAGAGAACGUUCUAGCAUCACAGAAUGAGGGUGUUGAAGGAUUAGCAUUGGACUGGGUAACAAAUAAUUUAUAUUAUAUUGACUCUAGGAAAGGAACGUUAAAUGUUUUAAGUACCACUAAUCCUGCUUACAGACGUACAUUGUUAAAAAAUUUGAAACGCCCUAGAGCUAUUGUUGUCCAUCCAAAUAAGGGUUAUAUAUUUUUCUCUGAAUGGGAACGACCAGCAAAUAUUUCUCGAGCAUACCUUGAUGGAACAAAUGUAAUGGUUUUUCGUGGUGUACUUCUUGGCUGGCCAAAUGGUUUAUCGAUUGAUUAUCAAAAUGAUCGUCUUUAUUGGUGUGAUGCUCUUCUUGAUCAUAUUCAACAUGCAAAGCUUGAUGGUUCCGAUGUUAAAACAAUAUCUUCACCUCGAAUUAAACAUCCAUUUUCCAUUGUUAUUCAUAAUGAUUGGCUUUACGUUACUGAUUGGAGACUUGAUGCUAUAUUACGGAUGAAUAAAGUCAAUGGUUCUAAUGAGAUGAUUUUUCGAACAGUAGAGGAACACAAUCGAUUGUAUAGCAUUAAAAUGUUUAGCAAGAGUAAUCAAGAGAUUAAUGCUCGUCAUCCAUGUUUAUCUAAUAACGGUAGAUGUCAAAAGUUUUGUUUUGGUGUACCUUCAAAUACAACUGAUUUUGGUUUAGAAGCUAAAUGUGGAUGUCCUUAUGGAGAGAAACCUUCUAAUGAUGGUUUGAGUUGUAUGGCUAAUCCAGAUACUGAACCACCUGUCCGACCAUGCCCUAAUAGUUGGGAUUUCACUUGCAACAAUCAACGUUGUAUACCUAAAACAUGGGUUUGUGAUGGAGAUGAUGAUUGUUUAGAUCAUUCUGAUGAACAUCAAAAUUGUACUCAAUCAUCUUGUAGUGUAAAAGAGUUUGCUUGUGCCUCAGGAAGAUGUAUACCUUUAACCUUUCGUUGUGAUGGUGAUAAUGAUUGUGGUGAUUUUUCUGAUGAACAUAAUUGUCCAAAUGUCACUUGUGGUGCUAAUGAAUUUGCAUGUGAAAACAGUCGAUGUAUUCCAUCAUCGUGGAAGUGUGACUCGGAAAAUGAUUGUGGCGAUGGUUCAGAUGAAGGUGAUUCAUGUCAAGAGAAAACUUGUGCUUAUUAUCAAUUCACAUGUCCUGGUAGAUCUCAGUGUAUUCCUCAAACUUGGAUUUGUGAUGGUGAUAAUGACUGUUUUGAUCAAGCAGAUGAACAAAAUUGUCCAUCUGUUACUUGUCUAUCCCACCAAUUUCAAUGUGCUAACGGCAAACAGUGUAUCCUUGAAUCUUACCAUUGUGACGGAGUAGCCGAUUGUAAUGAUGGAUCAGAUGAGAAAGGUUGCCCUUCAUUAGCACCUAAUCAAUGUGAUCCUGAGAAACAUUUUAAAUGUGAAAAUUCAACCUUUUGCUUACCCAAAACAUGGUAUUGUGAUGGUAAUUCCGAUUGUGAAGAUGGUUCUGAUGAACCUUCAACCUGUGGUUUAGUUGAAUGUCCAGCGAAAGAUUUCAAGUGCAAUAAUUCAAAGUGUAUUUUCAAAUCAUGGAUUUGUGAUGGUCAAGAUGAUUGUGGCGAUGGUUCUGAUGAGGAUCAUCGACAUGCUUGUGGCUCAGCUCCAUUUUAUUGUCCAUCAGGCCAAUGGCAGUGUCCUAAUGUUACUGAAACAUGCAUUGAUUUGGAUAAGGUGUGUGACGGAAAAGAUGACUGUCCCAAUGGACUUGAUGAAGGGCCUGGAUGUAAAAUUGAAUCAUGCACCGGCAUCAACUGUGCUAAUAACUGUACAGUUACUCCAUUAGGACCGGUUUGUACUUGUCCACCGGGUGAAAUGUUAAAUGAUACAUUAACCUGUGUUGAUAUUGAUGAAUGUGCAAUACCGGGUAAGUGUUCACAAUUUUGUGAAAACAGGAAACAAUCAUACAAAUGUUAUUGUGACGCUGGUUAUGAAUCUGUUCACGGAUCAAGUUGUAAAGCACUUAACCGAACAUUGGCUUACCUUGUUAUAUCCAAUCGACGAUCAAUUUUGGUAUCAAAUUUAAAUACCACUUCUUUGGAAAGGAUUCCUGUUCGAGUUGAAAAUGUUGUGGCUACUGGUUCUGAGAUGGCAACUGGAACAAUAUAUUGGUCUGAUAUGCAUGCUAAAAAGAUUUUCCGUCUAACCAAAGGUUCGAGUGAAGCUGAGGUGGUUGUCGGUUCAGGAUUGGAUCUUGUCGAAGGCUUAGCUGUUGAUUGGAUUGGACGAAAUUUAUAUUGGGUUGAUUCAAAGUUGAAAACCAUUGAAGUCUCAACAUUGGAUGGAAAAAAUCAUGUUAUUCUGAUUUCACAAAACAUCAGUCAACCUCGAGGAAUAUCACUUGAUCCUCGUGAAGGAUCCCGUGUCCUUUUCUGGACAGAUUGGGGUGACAAUCCUCGCCUUGAACGAGCUGGUAUGGAUGGAAAUGAACGUAAAGUCAUCAUUGAUACAAAAAUUUACUGGCCAAAUGGUUUAACCAUAGAUAUACCUACACGUCGAGUUUAUUUCGCUGAUUCAAAAUUGGAUUAUAUUGAUUUCUGUGAUUACGAUGGUAAAAACAGACAACAGGUUUUAGCUCAUAACCAUUACCUUUUACAUCCACAUUCAUUAACAGUAUUCGAAGAUACUCUGUUUUGGACUGAUCGACAGUUAAAUCGAGUUUUAUCUUGCCACAAAUAUCGAGGUCUCAAUCAAACAGUUGUCUCUCACCUAGUUAGUCAACCUUUAGGAAUCCAUGUAAACCAUCCAAUCUUGCAACCAAAUUCAAGCAAUCCUUGUGCCAAGUCACCAUGUUCACAUUUGUGUUUACUUUCACCUAAACCUGAAGGUUUUACCUGUAAAUGCCCACCUGGUUAUGCUACAGACAGAUCAGCUAAUUCUGGUCGAUGUAUCCCAAUUGAAGUUCCUUACUUGAUGGUCAUGAAAGGUUCCCAAAUCGUUGAUUUACAAUUAAGUGCAAGUGACACAAGUACAACUGGAUACUUUACUCCAGUAAUUGGAGUCGAGAAUGGUUAUGAUUUUGAUUAUGAUAGGAAAGAAGGAUUCAUCUAUUGGAUACAAUCUAAAGAUGAUUCUCGUGAGAACAGUACGAUAAAUAGAGUUAGUUUGAAAGGUGGAAAUCAAACUCGUUUCCUACCUGAAGGUAUUUCAAGUUCAAUAUGUUCACUUGCAUUUGACUGGAUUGGUCGCAACUUGUAUGUUGGUUUCAAUAAAAGUUCAAGUAUUGCUGUGAUCAAAGUUGACGGUGAUCAAAAUUACCGAAGAAUCAUUUUAAGCAAUGAUGGAACACCUAAUGGAGUUGGUCGACCAAAAAGUAUCGCUCUUGAUCCAACAUCAGGAGCCAUUUAUUGGCUUGAUGAAGGUGGACCAAAUGUGCCAGCAAAAAUUGGUAAAGCUAACAUGGAUGGUACCAAUUCAAAAAUAUUGGUUAAAGACAAUCUGUAUCACCUAGAAGCUAUUACCAUCGACAUUGCCAAUAAGCGUUUAUACUUUUCUCAAAGCUCACCUGGAACCAUUGAAUCAAUUGAUUUAGAAGGUCAAGAUCGCCAAGUUAAAUUAACGGCAGCUUCAUCAAUCGAUAAACCUCAAGGUUUAGCUGUUUACAAUAAUCGAUUAUAUUAUCUUGAUUCAAACUAUGAACGCAUUGUUCGAGUUAAUUUACCCAGUUGCAAUAAUUCACAUUCAUUGGAAGAGAAUACUCCUGAUUUAAAGAAUCUGAAAAUUUACGCCAAAAGACCAGGAUUGGAUAAUCAUCCUUGUCAAACAGCAAAUGGUGGAUGUCUUCAUCUUUGUAUUCCUAUUGCUAAUAGGCAACAUCGCUGUUUGUGUAGUACUGGUUUUAAAAGUUCUGGUGAAACUGGUUGUGAAGUUUACAACUCUUUUGCUGUUGUUUCAUCCUUAACAAAACUUCAAGGUUUCAGCUUAGAUGAUCAUUCAGAGGCAAUGCAACCCGUUACUGGUUCAGGGCAUAAUAUCCUUCAUGUUGAUGUUCAUGUUGUCAAAAAUACUAUCUAUUGGACAGAGUUUAAUCCUGGUGGGUUGAAUGGUAUAUUUUCAAUUAAACCAGAUGGAACCGAUAAGAAGCAAAUUAUCUCAGAUGGUAUCGGAUCAAAUGGAAUCAGAGGAAUUGCCAUUGAUUGGAUUGCUGGUAACAUGUAUUUUACCAAUGUUUUCCCACAUGAAACUUAUAUUGAAGUUUGCUGGUUGGAUGGAUCAAAUCGAAUGGUUAUCUUUAAAACUACCACUGAUCAACCAAGAGCAUUGGCAGUUAAUCCAAUUAAAAGAUACAUCUAUUGGAUUGAUUACGGGCCAUAUCCAAAAAUCGAGAGAGCUCUGCUUGAUGGAACUAAUCGUACUUCUAUCGUUUCAAGAGAUAUUGGUCAACCAAGAGAUUUAACCAUUGACAUGGUCACUCAUGAUAUUUAUUGGGUUGAUACAAAGUUUGAUGCUAUUCAGAAAAUUUAUUUCAAAGGAGGCCGUCGUCAAUAUAUUGUAAAAUACAUUCCAUCACCUUAUGGUGUAGCUAUUCAUGGAUCUUUUGUUUACUGGGUCGAUCGUAAUUUGAGGACCAUUUUCAGAGCAUCAAAAAUUGCUUCACCCAAUGGAACCAAUACUCAAGAACCAAUUAAAUCAAACCUUGAAACAUUGCGAGACAUUGUGAUUUAUGACAGUAAAAAUCAACCAAUGGCAGAUACACCAUGUUCCAGAUCUGGUAAUUCAGUUUGUGAUCAAUUGUGUUUUGCUAAGCCUGAAGGAUACACACCAUCUUGGAGUUGUGCUUGUGCCUCUGGAGUUUUAUCUGAAGAUGGUAAAUCAUGUGUCUCUGUCAAAGAGUAUCUAGUAUUUACCACUAGAAAAGAAAUUCGAAGUGUUCAUCUUGACCCCAAACAAGGAGGAUCUCCUUUCCAACCGCGAGUCAACAUGACUAACGUAGUUGGUUUAGAUUUUGAUUUUAAAGACGAUAAACUUCUGUUUACUCAAAUAAGACCUGAUGGAAGCAUUUCAUGGAUUGAUAUAAAGAAACCAGAUGAGGUUCACACAAUACUUAAAAAUAACAUCAACCCAGAAGGGAUCGCAUAUGAUUGGACAAAUCGAAAGAUUUACUGGACUGACUCAGCAAACCGAAGUAUCUAUGCAAUGAACAUGGAUGGAUCACAGAUUGUUAUGAUUGUUCGUGUUGAAAGACCUCGAGCAAUUGUAGUUGAUCCUUGUGCAGGUUAUCUUUACUAUACUGACUGGGGUCGUUUCGGUAAUUCUGGUAAAAUUUACAGAACCACGAUGGCUGGUAACUUUAAGAAAGUAAUAAUUGGAGCCAAUUUAACCCAACCAAGUGGAUUAGCAAUUGAUUACGAUGAAGGAAAACUGUAUUGGACUGAUGCUUUGAGAGAAAAAAUCGAACGAUCAGAUUUGGACGGUAACAACAGAGAAGUACUUAGACAGGCGACAAUUUACCCAUUUGCCAUAACAGUCUAUGGAAAUUACAUUUACUGGACUGAUUUACAAUUACGAGGAGUUUAUCGAGCCGAGAAACAUACUGGAGCUAACAUGAUUGAAAUGGUUAAGCGUUUAGAAGAAUCACCUCGAGAUAUUCAUGUCUUUUCAACAGAUCGACAAAAAUGUGGUAUAAACCCAUGUAACAUUAACAACGGUGGAUGCACUGAUUCUUGUCAUCAAGCACCAAAUGGUACGGUCGAGUGUCGCUGUAAUACUGGUUUUAAGGUUGCCAAUGAAGGAAGAAUGUGCGUUCCAUCCAAUGUUACCUGUGAUUCAACCAAAUAUGCCUGUGCCAAUGGUAAAUGUAUACCAAGACUUUGGGCUUGUGAUGGUGAUGAUGACUGUGGAGAUAAAACUGAUGAAGAUAAAAACUUCUGUACAUUCCAUACCUGUGGACCUAAUGAAUUUCGCUGUGGAAACGGACGAUGUAUAUUUAAAACAUGGAAAUGUGAUCAUGAAAAUGAUUGCGGUGAUGGAACAGACGAAGAAGAUUGUAAAUACCCGCCUUGUGCUGAUGGUGAAUUCACUUGCGCCAAUUCUCGAUGUAUUCCUAUGUCUCAAGUUUGUAAUGGUGUCAAUGACUGUAAAGACAAUAAAACGUCAGAUGAAAGUUUAGAGCAUUGUAAGGGCAAUCGAACCUGUCCAGCUGGUCAUGUUGCUUGUACAAACACAAAUAUUUGUGUUGAACCUUAUUGGCUUUGUGAUGGAGACAAUGAUUGUGGUGACAAUUCAGAUGAAAACAAACUAAUCUGUUCACAACGAGCUUGUCCACCAAAUAGUUUCCGUUGUCCUAAUCAUCGAUGUAUUCCAGGAACUUGGCAUUGUGAUGGAGAUGAUGAUUGUGGAGAUAAAGCUGAUGAACCUGAAGAUUAUUGUAAAAGUGAUAAAAGAACCUGUUUUGGAGAUUUAUUCACUUGUGACAAUGGAAAUUGUAUUCCUCGGAUUUACCUUUGUGAUGGUGACAAUGAUUGUCUCGAUAAUUCAGAUGAAGAUGUUCGCCAUCAAUGUGAUACCCGAACUUGUGAUCCAGACCGUGAAUUUACUUGUACAGAAAACAAAAACUGGGGUCGACCUCAAUGCAUUCCUAAACGGUGGAUUUGUGACGGAGAUCCUGAUUGUGUAAAUGGAGCUGAUGAAAAUGUAACCCUACAUAACUGCCCACCUCCAGAGCCUUGUGAUGCAGAUCAAUUUCGCUGUAAUAAUAAUCGGUGUAUCAAUAAAGAAUGGGUUUGUGAUCAUGAUAAUGAUUGUACUGAUGGAUCUGAUGAGCCAAAAAAUUGUACUUUCCGAGCCUGCAAUCCAGAUGAGUUUUCAUGCAACAACAAUAAAUGCAUUCGACUUAGUUACUUUUGUGAUGGUGAAGAUGACUGUGGCGAUAAUUCCGAUGAAACAGGAGAAAAGUGUAAAAAAGAACCGGUUACUUGUGCUCCAGGACAAUUUAAGUGUAAAAACGAUGCUUGUAUUCCAAAUGAAAAAGUAUGUAACAAACAAUUGGAUUGUACGGAUGGUUCAGAUGAACCAGCUCACUGUGGUGUUGAUGAAUGUCUUAAAGUGGAAACCAAUCAAUGUGAACAUAGAUGCGUUGACACCCCAACUGGCUUCUACUGUGAAUGUAAUGAGGGUUACCAGUUAAUGAAGGAUGGUAAAGCUUGUGAAGAUAUUGAUGAAUGCCAUCAAGAAAAAGGAAAAUGCAGUCAAUACUGUUUCAAUACUCCUGGGUCGUUUUAUUGUAAAUGCAAUGAAAAAUAUUAUGAACGAGAAAGAGAUGGACGAUCUUGUAAACGACGAGACGGAAUCACACCUUGGCUUAUAUUUACUAACCGUUACUACCUGAGAAACAUGUCAACUGAUGGUAAACUUUACAACUUAAUCAAAAUGGAUUUGAAAAACGUGGUUGCUUUAGAUUUCGAUUAUCAAGAGCAAAGGUUAUAUUAUGCUGAUGUUGGUAACAAAACAAUCAACAGAAUAUUCAUUAAUGGCUCAGGAGACGAGAAUAUCGUUCGUCAUGAAGCUCACGGCCUUGAAGGAUUAGCAGUUGAUUGGAUUGGUAAAAAGUUAUAUUGGCUUGAUCGAACUAGUAAACAUCUGGAUGUUAGUGAACUUGACGGUCGCCAUAGGAAAACUAUUCUUGGUAAAGGAUUAGUUGAUCCUCGUGCUGUUGUUGCUCAUCCAGGUAUUGGUUACCUUUUCUUUACUGAUUGGAGUCACCAUGCUUUUAUCGGUAAAAUUGGUAUGGAUGGAUCCAAUUUCACUCGAAUCCUUUUAUACGAUCAAAAAAUUGUUUGGCCCAAUGCAUUGGCAAUUGAUUACUUCAGUGAAAAGAUUUUCUGGGCUGAUGCUCACUUGGAUUAUAUUGGUUAUUCUGAUUUCGAUGGUAAAUCAAGGCAUGAAGUAAUUCAUGGAGCUUCUGUUCCACAUGUUUUUGCUCUUUCUGUAUUCGAUGAUUGGCUCUAUUGGACUGAUUGGAAUAUCAAGGCUGUUGUCCGAGCUCACAAAUUCACUGGCGAAGGCAUGGAAAUCUUACGAAAUACUUCUCACAGACCUUAUGAUUUACAUAUUUAUCAUCCAUUGAAACAAUUGCCUUACUCUAAUCCUUGUGGAACCGAUAAUGGAAACUGUUCACAUCUUUGUUUAAUUGCUCCUGGUUCAACGCCUGACAGUACAACUUAUAAAUGUGCUUGUCCUGAUAAUUUCAUUCUAUCGGCCAACAAUAAAACUUGUUUUGCCAACUGUACCAAAGGUCAACAUAGAUGUGGCCAUCCUGAUGAAAUUUGUGUUCCCAUCUUUUGGACUUGUGAUGGAGAAAAGGAUUGUAAAGAUGGAUCAGAUGAACGCAAUUGUCCACUGUUUGUCUGUAAAAAAGGAAUGUUCCAAUGUAAAAAUAAUCAAACUUGUGUUUCACGAAUUCGAAUUUGUGACGGAAUUAAUGAUUGCCCUGAUAAGUCUGAUGAAAGCUUCUGUGAUCAUGAUUGUGGUGAGCACAGUUUCAAGUGUAAAUCCACAGGUCGUUGUGUUCCUGAUUCAUGGCAAUGUGAUGGAGAUGAUGAUUGUUCAGAUGGAUCUGAUGAAGCAGCUGAACACUGUCAUCAUCGUGAAUGUGACCCUCAAACCCAAUUCCAAUGUCGAAACGGAAAAUGUAUACCAAAACUUUGGUAUUGUGAUUUUGAUGACGAUUGUGGUGAUGAUUCAGAUGAGCCAGCUCACAUUUGCCGUAAUCGUAACUGCACCACAGGCUGGAAAAAAUGUCCAACCCGUAACAAUUAUCGUUGUAUUCCCAGUUGGUUAUUCUGUGAUGGAAAAGAUGAUUGUCGUGACGGAUCAGAUGAAAAUAAUCCCGAAUAUUGUCCUAAAUGUUCUGAAACUGGUGACUUUAAAUGUGGAAAUGGCCGAUGUAUUCCAUUACGUUGGAGGUGUGACUUUGAAGAUGAUUGUGGUGAUAAUUCUGAUGAAGAUCCGAAAAAGUGUACCGAUUUGUACCGAGAAUGUUCUGAAAGUGAAUUCCAAUGUGGAACAAAGAAAUGUAUUCCAUCACGUUGGCGAUGUGAUCAUGAUGAUGAUUGUGAAGAUGGCUCAGACGAGAAGGAAUGUCAAGAUUACAAAUGUAAAGAAGAUCAAUUUAAAUGUAAAAGUGGUCAUUGUAUUUCAUCUAAAUUGGUUUGUGAUGGACACAAAGAUUGUCGGGAUGUUUCCGAUGAAAUGAAUUGUCCAACUCGUUACCCAGGUGGCCGUUACUGUCCUGCAAAUCAAUUCCAAUGUAAUAAUACAGUUUGUUUAAGGCAAGACUUCCUUUGUGAUGGAGACGAUGAUUGUGGUGACAAUUCAGAUGAAGAAGAAUCCAUUUGUUCAAACUUUACAUGUGAUGUAACUCGCAAAUUCCAGUGCCAUAACAACAAAUGUAUCCCAUUGUGGCAAAUAUGCAAUGGUGAAGAUGAUUGUGGCGAUGGAUCAGAUGAAAAUAAUCAUACAUUAUGCCGAAAAUAUCCUGUUCACUGUUUACCUAAUCAAUAUAAAUGUGCCAAUGAUUUAUGUAUACCUUUAGACAAAACUUGUGACCAUCAAGAUGAUUGUGGAGAUUUAUCUGAUGAACGAGGCUGUCAUGAAGGUGAAUGUUCACCAAUCCAUAGAGGUGGUUGUGCUCACAAUUGUACCUCUGUGGGUGAAGGUGGAUACAUUUGCACUUGUCCUCGCGGUUAUCGUAUUUCUCAUAACAACACAAAAGUCUGUGAAGAUAUUGAUGAAUGUGCUACUUUUGGUCAUAAUUGUUCCCAAAUUUGUACCAACUUUGAAGGUUCCUAUGGAUGUUUCUGUAAACCUGGAUUUAAAAUGUUUGAAGAGAAAUGUUCUGCUACAGGUCAUCCACCCGUCGUUUUAAUUGCCAAUGGAUUAGAUAUUCGUGCAGUUGACAAUUCACAACAGCAUCAAUCAUCAUUAAUUGCUGGUGAAAGUCGUAUUCAAGCUUUAGAUUUUGAUCCAAUAAAAGAUAUGAUGUACUGGACUGACUCGUAUGAAAAAACCAUUAAAAGAUCAUUUAUCCCUGAUCCUUUUGAUCGUGAUCAUGGUUUGGGUCAUUCACAGAAUUUAGAACUAAAAAGUUCUUCUAAACUAAGUGAUAUUGCUGUUGACUGGAUUGCUGGAAACAUUUACUGGAUGGACAUAGAUUUAUCAGGAAUUAAACCUAAAGGCAGAAUACUUACUAGUCGAACUGAUGGUCGUUAUCGUAAAACUUUAUAUAAUGGAUUGGAAAUGCCAACAUCUUUGGCAUUGGAUCCAGAAAAAGGAUUGAUGUUCUGGGCUGAUGCUGGAGCUUCCCCUAAGAUUGCUUCAUCUUGGAUGGACGGUACCAAAGUAUCGUUUAUCGUCUCUGAGCGUCUUGGUUUACCGGCUGGAUUAGCGAUUGAUUAUGAAUCAGAUCAUCGACUUUAUUGGUGUGACAGUAAAACUAAUACAAUCGAAUCGUCUAAACAAGAUGGAUCUGAUAGAGUAGUCGUACUGAAAGGUGAUUUACAGCACCCUAUUAGUAUCGAUUUGUUUGAAGAUCAGAUUUAUUGGGUAACUAAAGAUACUGGCGAGGUUUACAGGCAAGAUAAAUUUGGUCGUGGUGUUAAAGUUCGAGUAAAGAGAGACUUGGAACACGCAACUGACAUAAAAAUCUAUCAAGAAAAGAAAUACAACACUUCAGUCACUAAUCCUUGUAAGCCAACAACUUGUACGCAUCUAUGCCUUUUAAUUCCAAGAGGAUAUCGGUGUGCAUGUCCAGAUGGAAGUCCAACCUCAUCCAGUUUUACUGGCACUUGUCCUAUUGGAUUUGAAAGUGCCAAAGCCGAACCAUAUCGAUGCCCCUGUAGAAACGGUGGUUACUGUGAUAAAGAUGUGGUUACAUUAUGCAAAUGUUUACCUAACUUUGAAGGGGCUCAUUGUGAGGCUCGAGUGGAUAAAUAUCCAAUCAGCGGAAGCUCAGCGAUCUUUGCCAACAUUGUUCUUCCUAUUUUAUUGGUCCUGAUAGCCUUAGUAUUGGCCUCAGGAUUAUUCCUAUUUUUCAAAAAACGAAACUUCAAACCUGGCUUCAAGAACCAAAGCGUUGCAUUCCGUAGUGGAACCAAUGUUGAAUUUUCAAGUCCUACUUUCAUGCAUAAUGGACCUCAUGGUAAUACAAAUGGGGAACCUUUGGAUAGUGAAUUCCAUCUUGGAACUAUCAAAACAACUGAUUUCAGCAACCCAAUGUAUGAAGCAUUGGGUAAUGGAGGUGAAGGUGGCCUUUCCUCGAAACAAGCAGCAGAAAACUCUGGUUCAAAGCAAGUUGGACUUUACGAGAUUGCCGAUGACUUAUUAGAGAAAAAGAUGCCCCAAGAAGAGCACGUCUAUGAAAGUCCACCCUCACUGGGAUCAGCAGUUUUAUCGCCAUCAAGUAUAGUCCAUCGGUUAUCACCACAAGUUCAUAUAAGACAGACAGCUCUUAAUCCAACUUCUGUAGAUACUGAUAAUGAUAAGCAACAACUUGUGGAGGAAGACAAAUCAGAAUGUUAAAGACAAAAUUGUGAUGGCAUAAAAUUUUUUGAUUCAAAAUUUUUUAUUAUUGUUUUAUAGUUACAUAAAAUGUAGGAGAUAAUUUUUUUACAAUUAUAAAUAGUUGGAUAUGUUUCUAUUAUAUUUUGACAUAACUGAAAAAACAAUCAAUGAUAUCAAGUGAAAAGAGCAAAAUGAAACGACAAGAAAAAAUGUUUAUAAAUAUUGAUGAUAUUUAUUAUUAUUAUAUUAUUAUUAUGUCUGUAAUAUUUAAACUGAAAAUCGUCCUAUGCCUUGUUAAUCAAAAAAAGCAAAGACUUAUAUCAUCAAAUGUGAUGUGCUUUACCUGGAAAGACUUUUAUCCUGAUAGAUUCGCACCUUUCAUGCCCAUAAAGGCAAACACUAAAUGGAUCAGAAAAAAAAUCUUCCGUUCAGACCAAGACUGUCAUCAACUAUGAAACAAAACAACGAACCAAAAACACUCAACAAUUGAAGUGUUUACAAAAAAUCGGAAAAGACCCAUCAACAUCAUGUUCAUAUCAUUUCAGAUUGGAUUCCAAUCACUCAAAUUAUUCAUCAUUCCAUCAUUUCCACAUUCAAUUUUCAUUCUCAUGAAAGGUUAACUAGUAUCAAUAUGGUUCCUUAAUGGCGUUUUUCAUCUUUUAUCCUUCACCCGGUUAUUUAUUCAUCAAGUCGACGUCAAUCAUUCAAUUUUGUUUCCAACAAAUCCAUCUUUUGCUCGUCAACAAAACCACAUAAAACAAAUGAAACAACAAAUCGUUUCACGCAAACCUAAAAUAGAAUCUCUUAAAAUGUAAUUUCAUUGUCAACCCAUCGCAAUUUUGUUUGAAAUGGUAAAGUUGACUAAUUAUAACUCUCAUUUGUAUUAAUAAGCAAAAAACGAUUUACAUGCUCACGUUGAAUAUAUUUCCAGAGAAAAAAAAGAGAAACUUAUGUAAAAAAAAUAACUAUCAUCUUGCAAUUUGAAUGAACAUUGUUCAUUUAAUUAACAAAAUCCCACUACUGUUGAUGUAAUCAAUAUCGCAAUUUAAAGAAAUAAUGUCUAAUUGCAUUCAUUGAUUCUUUAACCUUUUCAAUUAAACUAAAAAUCACAUCUUGAUUAAAAUAUAAA